GUUUUUUGACAAAUAGUCUCCUCUACUCUUCAAUGGUGGCGUACACGUCAAUCCCCUCUUUGUCGUUUGUAUUUCUUUUUGGUGAUCAUGUGUUUUUGAUCUUUGAAACCAAAAACAGUAAAUAGACAGACACAACACAUCCCAAAACCAAACCUUUGUUGUUCUUUGUUCUUCUCUUCUCUCUCUCUCUCACAACAAAAACAAUCUUUGAUGUGGUCCCCACAAUCUAGCUAUGUCCUACAACACCAACACAACACUAUGACCAUUUUUAAGUGUCACCCAACAACAACAUUGUAAACCUCUCCACUUUCACUUUCCAUCCAACAACAAAUUCUCUCUCUUUCUUUUUCUUUUCUUCCACUUUUUAUCACUAUUCAAUGGUUACCCCUUUUUCAAUUAUGCCUUAACAAAUCAUGGGUCGGUGUUAAAUUCCCAUUUUUUUCACUUUUUUGUUGUAUCAUAGAUGCCCAGUUAAUAAAGUUUUGAUUUUUUCACUUGGGUUGUGAAUAACUUGAUGCCAAUAUUCUCUUUCAGAGAUAAAGAAUUUUGCUUUUUUGGUCAAAAUUGAGAAUUUUGCAAUUUUGGUUUUUCAUUUUUGGUUUUUAUAGUGUAACUUAAGAGAGAAUUUUCAAUUUUGUGUUGAGAGGUUUUUAUGGUGAUCAGUAUUAUGCAGAAGUGAAUAGAAUUGUGUUUGAAUUGGUGAUUAUGAAAAUUUGGAUUUGAAUUAUUUGAGAAUUUUUAGGAUAAGUUUUAGUGGUGAGUGAUUUUCAAACUUCUUCAUCACGUUUUGAUCAUUGACAUUUAUUGGAAGAAAAGGGGAAUCAAUGUGCUGUGUGAGAUUUUGAUUCUUUUACAAUGAAGAAAAGUUGAAGCUUUACAGUUAAUCUAUCUUAAUUGGCUUUUUCUUCUAAGAGAAUAUAUCAAGAUUAUUGGUAUUUUCAACUUUAUCUGUGGAAUUGCAUAAUUCAUACAUUGAUAUUUGAUACCUUCUCCUCCAAAGGAAGCUAAAAUCUCUUGAGGAAACUUGAGGGAUUGAAAUUGGAAUUCUUAGAUGCUUCAAGAGUUGAUUCAUGAGGUUGCAUAGUUGUCUUUUAUUCCUUCACCAUUUUGAGUCCUCCAAAAGGAUCAGAAUAUAGGAGGUUUGCAAUCUUACCUCUGACGUGUAGGCCAAAGAAAGAGGACAGAUAGAAGUCAAGUGUGGUCAAUCAACAUGGCAAAGAAGUCCCAAAGACGCACUGUGCGGUAUGAGAGAGAUAAGUCGGGAUGUAUGUGGGGAUUUAUUAGUAUGUUUGAUUUUCGCCACGGUCAUUUCACUAGGAAGUUGAUUGCUGAUAAGAGUCAAAGCAGCAAGCACUCCGGCGGUGUUGUACAUUCUAAGAAUAAGUUCGAGGUGUUAAACGAUAUAGAUGAAGAUUGUCAAGGCACUUUUGACAGUGUAGAGAGUAAAAGACCAACAGUGAGAACUAUUAUUAAUAAGCCGAGUGUGAAGAAACUCAUAGAAGAAGAGAUGUUCACCGAUCAAAAUGCAAUGAAGGAUAUAGAUAAUUCUGAAAGGCGUGAAGUCUUCCUGAAGUUAGAUUCCAAAAGAAAAAAGAAAUCGUGCGAGAAAAAACAAGAUAUCACCGAUGAUUUAAAUCUUGAUGCAACAUCGAAAUCUGAAACUUCACAUCGUCAGCACUCAAGGAAGCAAUCUAAAGAUAAUCUUGAUGUGGAUACAAUAAUCGAAGAGUUUUGUAAUCUAAAAGGUGUUCGUUCCAUGAUACAAGGCAAUGAUGGAGAAGUAGGAAAGCAUGCACAACUAAACCAAAAACAGAAGAAUGCUGUUUCCGGAAAAAAUUCAAGAGAUGCGAUUCGUGAAUUUGUGAAUCAGAUGAUAUUGAACGGAAAAGAUCCGGUGGAAGCUAGAAAAUUUCUUUUCUCUGAUGAACUAAUGGAAGCACUUCAGCUUAUAAGUUCAGAUAAGGAAUUGUUUAUUGCAUUUCUACAAAAUCCAAAUCCACUUGUAUUGAAAUGUGUUCAAGAGUUUGAGAAUUCUCAGCGGGAGAACGACAAUGAAUAUAGUCGUGUUACAGGCUGCAAAUUCUCAGAACAAGAUCAUGGCAAUAAAGAACAAACUAGUGAGAUUGUUAACCAGAAGAAGCAUAACUUUUUCAGGAAAAAAGUGAAGUCUCAAUCAAAAAGUUCAACAAAUGAAAAUGGAAAUACCGGCAUUUCAAAUAAAAUUGUCAUACUAAAGCCAGGAUCAAAUACAUCGGAAAAUUCUAAAACAACCAUAAACAGCCUUGCCUCGGCUCUAGAUUCUCAUGAUAAUGUCAAGUACGGUAGUCCUUCUGAGAGAGGUAGUUCACAUUUUUCGCUUACUGAGAUAAAAAAGAAAUUAAAGAAUGCUAUAGGAAGGGAGAGACAUGGAAAAGGCAUCGGUAAAGACAAUGUUGGAAUGAGAUCUCCUAAUAAAGAUCAUUUCUUCAUUGAAAAAAUCGCAAGACCUUCAACUGGUGUUACUAAAGGAAACAAGACUGGUAAGAAUAAAGAUUCGGAAGCGGUUGUGGAUCGUGAAAAGGGUGUUUAUCCAAAACAAGUGGUUUCUAAUUUAUAUAUUGAGGCUAAGAAACAUUUGUGUGAGAUGAUAGGUAAUGAAGAUGAGAACACGGACUCGUCAAGUAGGCUACCUUCCAAAACGCUCGGAAGAAUAAUAUCUUUUCCUGAUUACAACUUUUCUCCGCUUAACAGUCCUGGAAAGGAGUGGGAGGAUCGUUUUGUGACCGCAAAGAGGAGACUUCAUGGUGAAAGCUAUAACAAUAAGUCACAAGAAAUUAAGUCAGAUUCGAAUUUCUCAGACGGUAUAAUUAGCGGUGAUAAAGAGGAAAAUAGGGAUGAGAUAGUUAUUGAAGGUGAUGUAGAAUCCACAAAAGACGUAACUAUUAUAGAAUCUUCCUCGGAACCAGUUGACCUCAGUGCAAGAAUUGAGGAACAAAGCCAUAAUAUCUCCGAAAGUUCUGAUUGUGCAGGAUUUUCUCAAUGUUUAGAGCAGCAGGAUGUAACAGAAGAAAACCAAUCAUCAUCUCCACUUUCAUCGACCUCUCACUCUUCAAUCACUAGGGAAACUAAAGAGCAAGAGAUUGUCACUGAUGUGUCUGCACGACCAAGUCCCGUGUCUGUUCUUGAUGCACCAUUCUUAGAGGAUGAUGCCACCUCUGCGAACUCUAGAUUUCAACCUGCUGAAGUACCGGUGCGUCCCCUACAUGUUCAAUUUGAAGAGCAAGAUUCUUCUCUUGUGAAUGAAAUCAAGAGAGCAAAAUAUUGUAUCGAAGAAAAUGAAUCGAUAUAUGUUUACAUCGAAGCAGUCCUGCAAGCCUCUGGAUUGACAAGAGAUCAAUUGUUGAUGAAAUGUCUUUCUUCCGACAAGAUACUAGAUCCUUCCAUGUUUGAUCAGGUAGAAUUAUCACCAAACCGACUUUGCCAUGACCGGAAACUUCUUUAUGACUGUAUCAAUGAAAUUCUCAUGGAGGUUUGUUGCGAUUACUUCGGGGCCUCGCCUUUUGUAUCUUUUGUAAAUCCUAGCAUUAAGCCAACUCCAAAUAUGAAAACGGUUAUUCUCAUGGUCUCGGAAGGAGUGUGUUGGCAUUUACUUCUCUUGCCCCCGCCACACACGUUGGACAAAAUUGUUAGGAAAGACAUGGAAAAAUGUGGAGCAUGGAUGGACCUUCGAUUUGAAGCCGAAACAGUUGGUUUUGAAUUAAGCGAUGCCAUACUAGAAGAACUGAUGGAAGAUACUAUACUUAGCUGUGUAAGAAGUAAAAGUCUAGAAGGUGAAAGUUACGAGCAUAACAACGACAAGAACAUCGCCGAUGUGUAAAAGAAAAACGACUGUUUUUUGUUCAUACUAGGAUUUUUAAUACUAAACAGUUUUAUGGUGAAUGAGAAUACUAAAAUAAGCUAGUUUGAAACUGCUUCUUACUGAAGUAUAAAAGAUGAUUCUCUUGUUUGCAAUAACAAAGUAACAGUUUCAUUU